AUGCACAAACCAUCAUCGCCGCGCAUCGCUAUCGUUGGCGGCGGCCCUGCUGGACUCACCCUCGGCGCGCUGCUGCACCAGCGUCGCAUCCCCUUCACCGUGUUCGAGCUGCGCCCGGAGCCCUCGGCCGCGGCGUGGGCGGCGCCCUCGGGCAUGCUGGACCUGCACGAGGGCGACGGCCUGCGCGCCAUCCGUGCCUGCGGACUUUACGACGAGUUCCUCCCUCUGACCGGCGAGUGCUCCGAGGAGUACGUGCUCGCCGACAAGUUCGGCGAGCGCGUCGUCCUCAAGUCCGACGACGACGAUGCGAAGCGCCCAGAGCAGGCGCGCCCGGAAAUCUCCCGCAACAACCUGGCCAAGCUGCUGCUGACGCGCAUCCCGCCCGAGAGCGUCCGCUGGGACAGCAGGCUGCACGCCGCCGAGCACAACGACGGCGUGACGACGCUCGACUUUGGCGGCGGCCGGCCGCGCGAGGAGUUUGACCUGGUGGUCGGCGCGGACGGCGCGUGGAGCCGCGUGCGCACGCUGCUCACCCGGGUGCGUCCGCGCUACAGCAACACGCAGGUCGUCACCGCCACCAUCCGGGACCUGUCCACGCGCCAUCCGCACCUGGCGCGGCUCGUCGGCACCGGCUCCUUCAGCGCGCUCGGCGACCGACACGCCGUCGUCUCGCAGCGCGGACCCCGAGACUCCGCGCGCGUCCACCUCUGGCUGACCACCACGGACGAGAAGCUCGGCGUCACCACGGGCCUGGCCAGCAAGCCCCCGACCGCCGCCGCUCCGCUGCUGCUGGGGAGCGACCGGUUCCUGGGCGGUUUUGGGGAGGCGGUGAAGGAGCUGGCGCGGACGGCGCUGCGGGCGGAGGAGGAGGAGGGCGGCGCGGAGGGGCUGGACGUGCGCGGGCUGUAUGCGCUGCCGCACGGGACGAGCUGGAAGCAUAGGAGGGGGCUGACGGUGGUGGGGGACGCGGCGCAUGUGAUGCUGCCGAACGGCGAGGGGGUGAAUCAGGCGAUGCUGGACGCGACGCUGCUGGCGGAGGCGGUGGCGGCGGCGUGGGAGGAGGCGGCCGGGGAUGUGUGCAGGUUCGGGGAGGUGUUGUCGCCGCGGGUGCGGGAGUUUGAGGCGGACAUGGUGCAGAGGGCGGUCAAGGUCGGGGAGAUGACGGACAGGCUGGUGGGCGUGAUGCUGGGAGAGGAUGCGCUGAAUGGCAUGCUCAAGCUCUUUGCAGAGUUUCAGGAGGAGCAGGAGCAGGAAGAGAAGCAGAAGCAAAUGAGGAGAUGA